CAUCCGACCCGCCACACCCUCCGCAGUCAUGAAGAUCUUUGUCAUCGCCGCAGUUGUAUCAGUCUGCUUGGCUGACAAGCUGCCCAGUCACUUCGGCUAUGCCUCUCCACAACCUUCUUCAGCCUUCAGCCACAGAUCGCGACCUGCAUCUCGCCCUACCUUUUCUGCCCCAAGAUCUGCUCCCCAGCCAACCUACUCUGCCCCGAGGUCUGCUCCCGGUCCAGUAGUGCCCAUCCUUGUGGACGACCGCGUCCACCCCGACGCAGGCGCUUACAGCUUCAACGUUGAGACCGGUGACGGCAUCUCACGCCAGGAAAGUGGAUCGCCUGUUCCUUCCAAGGAAGGUCCCGUCACGGCCAUGUCUGGCUCCUACUCCUUCACCCUCCCUGACGGACAACGGUUUGAGCUUCGUUAUGUGGCUGACGAGAACGGCUUCCAGCCUCAGUCAGCCUUCCUGCCCGUGGCCCCAGCCUUCCCUCACCCCAUCCCCGCCCACGCCCUUGAGCAGAUCGAGCGCGCCCGUCAGGAGGAUGCUGCUCGCUCCCGCCAAGGAUCUUCUCAGGCAUACAGCGCCCCUUCCCGCCCCUCGCGCCCUUCCAACUCCUAUGGCUUCCCUCAGUAAAUGCCUUUAAGACUAAGCGUAAUGCAGGAAUAUUUUCCAGGUUAUAUUAUUUAUAACAGUUACGAUGUAUAGUAUUAUUAAAUAUUACGACGCGUUUCGAAUAAAAUGACGA